UGUCCUUUGCAAGGAUGAGCUUGAUUCUGAGGCUUUAGACAUCUUCUCUCAAAUGAGGAACAAAGGCAUUUCACCUAAUGUUGUCACUUACAGAGGCCUAAUUCGUGGUCUUUGCAAUUUAGGCAAAAUAAAUCAAGCUCUUGCCUUGCUAAAUGAAAUGGUGGGGCAGAAUAUAUCACCAGAUGCUUAUAUCUUCAAUAUAUUGAUCAACAAUCUUUUCAAGGAAGGAAUGGUUUCAAAGGCUCAAGGCAUUUUCGAUAUGAUGCUUGAAUGGGGCAUAAAGCCUGAUUUGGUCACUUAUAAUUCAUUGAUGUGUGGAUAUUGUCUGCAUUGCCAAAUGGAUGAAGCUAGAAAAGUAUUUGAUCAGAUGGUAAGCAAUGGCAUAGCUGAUGUCAUCAGCUACAGCAGCUUGAUUAAUGGAUAUUGCAAGAGCAAAAUGAUUGAUGAAGCGAUGAAACUUUUUAAUGAAAUGCCUCAAAAAGGUUUAGUUCCUAACUCUGUUACGUAUAGUACUCUUAUAAAGGGAUUGUGGGAAGCAGGGAGGCCUCGUACUGCACUAGAUUUUUUCAAGAACAUGUGCUCUUAUGGUCAGCAGCCAGAUAUAAUAACUUUUUCAAUUUUGCUCGAUGGCUUGUGCAAACAGGGAGAUGUUGAUGAGGCUCUUACCAUAUUCAAAGCGAUGGAAAAGAGUCAAUUGAAGCCUAAUCGUGUGACCUAUAAUAUUCUUAUCAAUGGCAUGUGCUAGGUUGGGAAGCUUAAUGAUGCUAAGGAACUAUUUUCUAAGCUUUUCGAAAAAGGUUUGUGGCCUGAUAUUUGUACAUAUACUACAAUAAUAAAAGGAUUUUGCCAAAAAGGGUUGCUAGAUGAAGCAUACAAGGUAUUUAGAGGAAUCGAAGAGGGUGGAUGUUUAUUAGACGCUUAUUGUUAUAAUGUGAUUAUUCAAGGGUUUCUUAGGCAUGAGGAUGUACUAAAAGCAUUGCAACUUAUUGAUGAGAUGGUUGAUAAGGAUGUACCAAUAAACAAAGGAUUUUGCCAAAAAGGGUUGCUAGAUGAAGCAUACAAGGCAUUUAGAGGAAUCGAGAGGGUGGAUGUUUAUUAGACGCUUAUUGUUAUAAUGUGAUUAUUCAAGGGUUUCUCAGUCAUAAGGAUGUACUAAAAGCAUUGCAACUUAUUGAUGAGAUGGUUGAUAAGGAUGUACCAAUAAACAAAGGAUUUUGCCAAAAAGGGUUGCCAGACGAAGCAUACAAGGUAUUUAGAGGAAUCGAAGAGGGUGGAUGUUUAUUAGAUGCUUAUUGUUAUAAUGUGAUUAUUCAAGGGUCUCUCAGGCAUAAGGAUGUACCAAAAGCAUUGCAACUUAUUGAUGAGAUGGUUGAUAAGGGAUUCUUUGCA